UAAAUUUGCAAGCGAAGUCCCACCGAACGUGUUGCCUUGGGCUGAUCUGCACCGAAUCGACCCUCGAACAGUUCCUAUAACUGGAUCGGAUCGGGUCGGUUCAUCGUGUCACAAUUUGGUCCAGGUCCGGAUUAAGGCGGAUAGAACCCAAUGAAGGCAACACUCCGGCCACCGUCCUCCACACCCUUUCUUACUUGUAGCUCGCAGCUUGGCAAUAGACCUUUCCCCAUCCAUAGCCUGCUUCCUCUUCCAUGGCCGUCUCCCUCUCCCCUCUUCUCUCAUUCCAAUGACGAAAUGACGACUGCAAGAUCCUACUUCAGCAACUUGCUUUCCCUCUUCGUCCUCCUCUUCCUCCACCUGGGCUGCUUUUUCUUCCCCUGCAACAACAACGCAGAGGAACAACCUCCGCCGCCCAAGAGGAGGAAGGUCUCCCCUUCCUCCCCCUCCUUUCCGGUUUCCUCCAUCCCCGAUGCGAAGCCCCUCAAAUCCUUCUCCAUCCGAUCCUAUCUCAGCUGCAUCCUCUCCUUCCGCAGACCUCGAGGUAAGGAUCAAGAACCGCAGCUGCACCCGCCCGGCGAUGCACCCGUUUGCCCUUCCAGCCCUCUCCAAUCGAUCCCCUUGUCGCCUGAUGCCAGAGCCGGCGGCACGCAAUCCGGUGGGGAUGGGAAGGAACAUGUCUUCUCCGGGUCCACCGCCAAGCACGACUCGUUCGCCUCCAGAAACGACGUCUAUCCGUGCGCGGCAUGCGGUGAGGUGCUGAGCAAGCAUCAGCUCCUCGAGCUUCACCAGGCCACGAAGCACUCCCUCUCCGAGCUCUGCGAGGCCGACUCGGGCUACAACAUCGUCCGCAUCAUCUUCCAGUCGGAGUGGAAGGGGAAGUCGCCCAUCGUCCACCGGGUCCUGAAGAUCCACAACACGACCCGCACCCUCGCGUGGUACGAGGAGUACCGCGAUGCAGUUCGGUCGAGAGCGGCACGUUACGCGGCGAGGAACGGCGGCGGCGACGAGCGCUGCAUCGCGGACGGGAACGAGCGGCUGAGGUUCUACUGUACCACGAGCCUCUGCUCGUCGGACGCGGGGCGGGGCGGGGACGUGGCGCCGGCGGGCGUGUGCGGGAGCCCGUACUGCUGCGCUUGCGCCAUCGUGAGGCACGGGUUCGCGGGGAAGCACGCGGACCUGGAUGGGAUCGCGACGCACGCCACCAGCUGGGGCGCGCACGGCGCGUUGCCGCAGGACCUGGAGCGCGAGUUCGCCUUCCUGGGCGCGCGGCGGGCGAUGCUGGUGUGCCGCGUCGUGGCCGGGCGUGUGGCCCACGGGCACGGCGGCGGGGCAGCGGAAGGGGAUGAAGAGGAGGAGGAGGGGAAGGGGGCGGGGUUCGACUCGGUGGUGCCGACGGGGCUGGGCGGCGGCGGGGGGCCCCACGACAACGGUGUCGGUGAGAAUGAGCUGUUGGUGUUCAGCCCGAGGGCGCUACUGCCGUGCUUCGUCAUCAUGUACACCACAUGAGGGCAUUUAGUGGGUCCCAUCUCUCUCUGCUUUAUAGGCCACAGAACGUUGUAUUUAACUCCGUGUCACGUGCCAGUCGUCAACGUCUACUAAGCUGCCCAUGUACGAGUCCCUUAAAUAUCUGCAUGUUUGAAGUAUUAGUCCUCCAUAAUAAUGUUUUACAUGUGGCAACCCAA